CUCGGCCUGCGCGCAUGCGCACAAUGUCACGCGCUUGGUAAUAAGCCGGCCUGCCUGCGCUUUGAUGCCCUGCUGGUGCUAGAGCUAGAGAGAGAUCAUGGGGAACAUCGAAGUCAAAGCCGCGUCGGUGGAGCCCAAAACCUCCGUCUCGUUCACGCUCAACGGUGCCCCAGUGGACGUUCAGGGCGUGACGCCGUCGAUCACCCUCAACGACUGGCUGCGAUCCCAGCCGGGGCUGACGGGGACCAAGAAGAUGUGCGGCGAGGGUGGAUGCGGCUGCUGCGUCGUGGCAGUGUCUCUGCAGAGCCCCGUCACGCAGCAGGAGACCACCUUUGCUAUCAACUCCUGUCUCUGUCCCCUGCUGUCUGUAGAGGGCUGGAAAAUCACCACAGUUGAGGGCAUUGGGAGCUCCAAGGCAGGGUUUCACCCCAUACAGCAGAGGUUGGCCGAGUACAAUGGGAGCCAAUGUGGCUACUGCUCCCCUGGCUUUGUAAUGAACAUGUACAGUUUCUUGCAGCAAAACCCCGCUCCAUCUGCCGAGCAAAUUGCAGAUAUCUUUGAUGGGAACAUAUGCAGAUGUACAGGAUACAGACCGAUUCUUGAUGCAAUGACCUCGUUCAAAGCUGAAAAGGAGAAUGGAGUCAUAGAUAUUGAGGAGGUGCAGAAGAAGCUGUGCCCGAGAACCGGGAAGGCCUGCAGCAACCCCAGGUCCACGUGUACGGCACCGUACCUGGGUCCGACGAGGGAGCUUGUCACUCCGUCCGCCUGGUACGCCCCGUCCUCCCUGGCGGACCUCUUCUCCAUCUUCUCGGCCCACCCCGAGAGCAGCGUGAGGCUUGUGGCCGGAGACACUGGACGAGGUGUGUUCAAGAACCCUCCAGUUGCAGACGUGUACAUUGAUCUGAAGCAUAUUCCAGACCUAUACACUAGCACGUUGACAGAGAAAUCUCUGUUGGUGGGCAGUGCAGUUCCCCUGUCUGUCCUCAUUGGAUUACUGGAGACCAACAAGAACAGCUCUCCCUCCACUUUCUCCCAGCUAGCCCACCACCUCUCCAACAUUGCCAACCUCCCCGUUAGAAACGUUGGUUCCUGGGCUGGGAACCUGAUGUUGACUCACAACUAUGAUUUUUUUCCCCUCCGAUGUCUUUGUAGUGAUGGCUGCUGUGGGAGCCACUCUCUCUAUUGCCACCUCGUCCAGUACACAGUCAGUGUCACUGUGGGAUUUCCUCACUCUGGACAUGAGCAAAUCGGUGAUUGUGUCCAUGGAAAUUCCUUUUGCGAGCGCAGACACUGUCUUUCGUAGCUAUAAGAUCAUGCCAAGAUCUGAGAAUGCCCACGCGUAUGUGAAUGCGGCGUUCGUGAUGCAAUUCAACAGCAGCACUUCGACAGUAACCGGGGAACCGACUCUGGUGUUUGGAGGAAUUCAGGCCCAUGAUAUUCAAGCAACUCAAACUGCUGCUAUGUUGGAAGGAGCUAAUCUUCUGCAAAAAGACACACUGACCACUGCUCUGGCAAAACUUGAGGGUGAAAUAGUUCCAGUCACCACACCCGUUUCCUCCAGUGCCAAGUAUCUCAAGUCCCUUGCUAUAAGCCUCUUCUACAAGUACUAUCUGGCGGUCAUUUACGACCACGUGGACCCGCGAGUGCAGUCUGCCGCCGUUCCGUUCCAGCGACCGCUGUCAACUGGAACGCAGACCUACGGUACCAAACCCAGCGAGUACCCCGUCACAGAGCCGAUGACCAAACUAACCGCCUUACUCCAGACUUCAGGAGAGGCAGAGUACACGACUGACGUACCUCCACUUCCACACGAGUGUGCUGCCGCAUUUGUCCUCUCUCCUCAGGCCAAUUGCAAGAUAACUGGUGUCGACUUCUCUACAGCUGAGGGAAUGCCGGGGUUCAUCAAGGGGUUAACAGCUGCUGACAUUCCCGGGGACAAUAAUUUCAUGACCAUGGGGACUGCUGAACCAGUGCUGGUGUCUGAUGUAUGUGAGUAUGCUGGACAGGCAGUGGCUAUAGUAGUUGCAGAGACACAGCGCCAGGCUGAUGAGAUAGCGCUGGCAGUGAAGGUGAGCUACGAAUCUCAGGGAAAGCCCCUCCUCACCAUUGCCGAUGCCAUCGCUGCCGGGAGCUAUUUUGAGGACCCUGGAAGACAGCCAAUUGAAGUUGGCGAUGCCAAGGCUGCGAUAGCAAAGUCUGCCCGCACAGUAGAGGGAACCAUCUCCUGUGACUCCCAGUACCAUUUCCACAUGGAGACUCAGACGUCACUAGUGAUUCCAGAGGCGGAGGGCUACAUGGUGUACAGCUCUACUCAGUGGACCCAGAGAACUCAGGCUGCAGUGGCCGCAGUUCUGGGCAUCAACAACAGCAGUGUGGAUGUGAGUGUCAGGAGAGUGGGUGGGGCUUACGGAGGUAAGAUCACCCGUUCCCACUGGAUCGCUGCCGCAUGUGGACUGGCAGCUCACGCCACCGGGAGGCCGGUUCGAAUGCACCUGGACAUUGAUACAAACAUGAAGAUGAUCGGCAAAAGGAUCCCCUACUAUGCCACCUUCACCAUCGGCUGCACUGAAGAUGGCAUUCUCAAUGGUAUCGAGGCGACUGUCUACAAUAACUGUGGGUGGUGCAAUAACGACAAUGCAUUGGGGAUGGCCCUGGACCACAUUGAUAAUGCGUACUAUGUGCCCAACUGGCUGGUCACUCCCAAGGCCUGCAAGACUAACAUUGCAGCAAACACUGCCACCAGAUCUCCAGGUACGUGUCCUGGUAUAUUCAUCAUGGAGGGUAUGAUAGACCAGGUGGCCAGGACCCUUGGGCUUGACCCAGACACCGUCAGAAGAGCCAAUCUCUACAAGAAAGACCAGGUCACUCCAAUAGAUAUUCCUCUGACCUACUGCAACAUUUCUACUCUAUGGGACGAUUUGUACAGUUCUGCUGAGGUGGAGAGUCGAAAAGCCGCCGCUGCCAAAUUCAACGAGGAGAACCGUUGGCGUAAGCGAGGUUUGAGCGUGGUCCCAGUUCGGUUCUGGAUGGAGUGGGGCUGGGCCGUUCCCUACACCGUCCACAUCAAUAUCUACGCUGCAGACGGAACUGUAGCCAUUUGCCACGGAGGAGUUGAAGUGGGCCAGGGAAUCAACACAAAGGUGGCUCAGGUAGCUGCCAAAACCCUGGGUAUUCCCCUGGACACUAUCAGUGUGAAGCCAUCCAACACUCUCAUUGGACCCAAUGACAUCACCACUGGCGGGAGCAUUACCAGCGAGCUCUGCUGCCUGGGGACUCUGAGGGCAUGUAAUGAACUAAACGAGAGGAUUUCCCCCGUGAGAGCAGCUAAUCCAAAAGCAACCUGGAAGGAGCUGGUGGCCGCUUGUAAUGACCAAGGAGUCAACCUCUCUGUGGAAAACUUUGUUGAAGAGAAGACGGACUACCAGUAUUCCUACAAUGCCUAUGGAGUGGGUUGUACUGAGGUGGAGAUUGACGUCCUCACUGGAGAGCUGCAGAUUCUCCGAGUGGACAUUCUCUAUGACUGCGGCGACAGUAUCAACCCUGACAUUGAUGUGGGCCAGGUUGAAGGUGCAUUUACCAUGGGUCUCGGCUACUGGCUUACAGAGAAGCUCAUAUUUGACCAGGAUUCGGGGCAACUGCUCACACACAACACAUGGGUAUAUCAUUAAUUUCUAGACGUUUUUAAAUCCAAGAUAAAAUGGUAUAUGCUGGUAUUAUUGCAGGAGUACAAGCCACCAGCUUCCAAGGAUAUCCCGAUUGAUUUCAGGAUUGCCCUGUUGCGUGAUGCCCCAAACCCCAUUGGAAUUCUGGGCACGAAAGGUGUGGGAGAGCCCCCGCUGUGCUUGAGCUGCUCGGCUCUGUUUGCAAUCAAGAGAGCCAUUGAGAACUUCCGUGCAGAAAUCAAGGCUGACACAGUCUUCACACUUGAUGGUCCAGCAACUGUGGAGAUCACCCAACAAGAUUGCCUUGUGGAUCCAUCAGAAUUUUACUUUUGAGUCAACGAUAACUUUUGUGACAUUGCCAAUAUUUAUUGUAUUUGCCACUUAGUGAUUAAUGUGUACUGAUUAUUAUGAAAACGACUAUGUG